UUAUUAAACUUAGAAUCUGAGUUUUGCUCUUGGUAGGCUGGUUCAGCUAUCUACAAGGAGAUUGUAAAAUUACUACCCGUAGAUCUAGGGUAUUUCAUAACACCAUUUUCAUGUUACACCAUUUUAUUGGUGGCAAUUUAGAAACCUUACCCCUCAUAUGGUUUUCCAAUUCUAGUAGCUUGGGAAUUGAAAAAUCGCUACUACGGGAAUUCAUUCAUUGAGUGUCAUCCACGUAUUCGUUUCCGUUCUAGAUUGCAACCUUCCUUCGUACUCCGUGUUUACGUCGUUCGUGUGUGGAAAGUGGGAAAAGAUAACACCCCAAUUUCGAAGCCCCAUUGCUCUUUCCUUCUCCCCUAAUCCAAUUGCCUCACACACACACUUGCAAGAUCUAAUUGUUCCAGAGAAUCAGGGGAUGGCGGAUGAUGACAAAGCGGUAGGGGAAGGUGAGAAGAAAGAGACGACGGGUGGUACCAGUCCUUCCGGGAGUGGAAAGAAGAAGAGCAAAGGUUUCUUGUUGCGAAUUUGGAACGGGAUAUUUAGGUUUCACGGCGAUGAUUUUGAGAAGAGACUCCAAUACAUUUCUAAAGAGGAAGCUCAAGUUAUGACUAGAAUGAACAGGAGAUCCCGAUCCUGGAGGAGAAUUUCCCGCCAUCUUAUUGUAUUUUCUGUCAUAUUUGAGGUAGUUGCUAUAGUUUAUGCUAUUAUGACAACAAGAUCAAUCGAUAUGAAUUGGAAAAUGAGGGCAAUCCGGGUUCUGCCAAUGUUUCUUUUGCCUGCACUAGCAGCUGCUGCCUAUACAACAUUUGUCAGCUUCACAAGGAUGUGUGAUUGCAGGGAUCAGAAAAUUCUUGAAAGGCUUCGAGCUGAAAGGCAAGAAAAAAUUGAUGAGCUCAAAGAAAGGACAAAUUAUUACACUACACAACAGCUCAUUCAGAGAUAUGAUCCAGACCCGGCCGCAAAAGCAGCUGCUGCAAGUGUUUUAGCAUCUAAGUUGGGUGCAGAUUCUGGUUUGAAAGUGUAUCUGGGAGAUGAAUCCAGUCCCGGUGCUUCAAUGGGGAGGAGCAAUGAAAUUGAAAUUGUGCAGUCCUCUGGACUUCGAAAUCGGAGACAAGUUCAAUCUAGAUCCACUAGUCCAGGGACAACCACACCAAAUUUUGCUGAUCAACAAUUAGUUGGUCCAGGAGGAAUCGAUCAAACUCAGACUUUUGAGCUCAAUCAGCCUGUUGUUGUUGAACAUCACCAACCUCGAAGUUCAACCACACAAGACGGAGGAUGGAUUGCACGAAUUGCAGCUUUACUUGUGGGUGAGGAUCCAACACAGUCGUAUGCUCUCAUAUGUGGUAACUGCUAUAUGCAUAAUGGUCUGGCUCGGAAGGAGGAUUUCCCAGUUAUCACAUACUAUUGCCCGCAUUGUCAUGCCCUGAACAAACCGAAGCAAUCAGAUGAGCAUAUCUCUGGUCUUACUUCUCCAAACACGGGGGGGACUCCAAAAACAGACGAUGGUGUGGCGGAUGCAGUUAAGAAUGCUAGGGCUUCUGCAGCCGAGAGUGUAAUCACAAGCAGUAGUCCCGGAAGUGCUUCUAGCUCUGAGAUUGAGGAAGUAUCAGAAAGGGCAAGUGUGGAGGAGAAAGUUGAUUAAGAGGCAGCUGUUUUUUUUUUUUAUGAUUCAGCUGUCGGGAUUACAUGUCUUGCCCCCCUUGUUCUGGAGACAAACUGACUAUAUAUAAGGGGAAGAACUUUGCAACAGGAAGAGUGAUGAAAUACUUUGAUACCUCUUGUGAUUUGUGAUAUACAUAGAUUACACGUAUUGUUUGUAAAGGCAAUUUUGGCUUUAUUUUUUCGUUUUUUUGUGGCAUUAUAUCGUGACAGUGUUCUAGUUUUAAAACUUGGAUUGUACGUGAAAGAAAUUUUGAAAACUGUAUUUUAAUCCAUUUUGUUUAAUGGAUUGAAAUUUGAUGUAUACAUGGCUAUAAUUUCAUUCUAGGAUUACCGACUUAGUCCAAUGUCCUGUUUCUGGUUUUUUGUAUAUCUACUGUAUACGCAAGAAUUAUUAUUCAUUUGUUUAGACUUUAAAACAUUUA